AUGGAUGCCUUCAGUUUUGAUUUUUGUGUUCAGAGUACCGAGGCAAGUGACAUAGAGCCCUCUAUCUUGUCGGAGCCAUCCACAAGCAGUGCAGAUGGGAUACGUCCCCAAGUGAUAAACCCAAGUCCAUCAUUCUAUGCCAAAGCUGUAACAUUGCUCCUGGAACGCUACCCGUCCCUAGCUGACGUAAUAGGACAAGGGGGUGACUCUUGGUUAACAUCCCUGACGAACAAGUUCAAGAACGAACGCCGUAAAAUGCUUGACAACGAAAGAGUCCUAGCAAACAAGGCAAAGUAUGGUCGACCGGGAAAAAGGAAGAGACCGGAAGAUGGCACCAACAGUGCUGAGGAAGAGCUGAAAAGGAGGAAGUUGCACAAAGAAACGAGUGUUCUCAUGGUGGAGGGUGAGGAUGCCAAGAGUAUUGCAGACCACGAGGAGUGGCUUGUAAAGGAAGACAAGAAAGCAGCCCCUGAUGAGGACCAAAUAGAUGUUGAGUUUCCUCUUUGGACUUUUCCAGAUCUCCUUGCUAUCCACGCCCUUCAAAUCCUGGGUUCAUGUGUAAAGGACUUCGAAGUAAUAAAGAACAUGUUCAUGCAAUAUGAUACACCAAUCCCAGCAACUCCUUGCAUCAUGUUCACUGGCAGCAGCAUCGAACAAGCAGAACAUAUGCACCUCUAUGUCGACAAGCAGCGCCUCUUUCGAACAAUCGAUCUUGAAGAGGGCUUGGCUGCCAUUCUUGCAGCCUAUUGGUUGUUUCAAAUUGUAUACAGUUCCAAGACGUACAAUACUCUUUGCACCCUGGAACAGCUUUGUAUCAAAGCCUACGAGAGGAAAAUGGAAAGCAAAGAAGGCCUAAAGCGUCAACGCCGAGGGUUGCGCAGCGCUCUUUCUCGGGCUAUCAGCGAGGCUACGGAGAAGCUAGAAGUAGUUAAUUUGCGUGAGGAAGACAUAGGAGUAGUGUCUGCACGAGUCAUGAAGCAUAUGGAGAACUUAGAGAGAGACGAUGAUGAUUAG